AUGAUGAUAAUCUCCACCCUCGUCGCACUCUGGACCGAGAUCUUGACCCCGCUCGGUAUCGCGAUCGGGGUGAAGGUCUCGCCCUCGCGCGCGGACGCGCUGGUGCUCACCGAGUGCGCGUCGUUCGCGACGUACUCGUUGAUAAUGUCUUGGAUGUACAAUUCGUACUCAUUCGUGGACCAACUGUGGAGCCUGACGCCGAUCGCGUACGUGGUCACGUGGUUGGCGCACGACCGAUCGAACGUUCGUUUACGCGUGAUGUGCGGGAUGACGUUGAUCUGGGGGGUGAGGUUGACGUAUAACUUUGCGCGUAAAGGCGGGUACAGCGGCGAGGAGGAUUACCGCUGGGCGGUUUUGCGCGAGAACAAAAUUCUGAAGAACCCGAUGGUGUGGCAGCUCUUUAACGUUUCGUUCAUCUCGUUUUAUCAGCACGCGUUGUUGAUGUUGAUCGCGCUCCCGGCUGGGGCGGCGGCGCGGUCGAAGGAGGCGUUUGAUUUGAGAGGCGUCGACGGCGCGGCUGUGGCGCUCUGGACGAUCGCGUUCGUCAUCGAGGUCGUCGCGGAUGAGCAGCAGUGGCGGUUUCAGCGCUCGAAGAGGGGCAAGGCGAGAAAAGUAAAGAGGUGGAGGGACGAUUACAAGCGCGGGUUCUUGACCCACGGCUUGUUCUCGCUCUCGAGGCACCCAAACUUUUGGGCCGAGCAAACGUUGUGGGUGGCGUUCUCCUGGUUCGCCGCCGCGAGCUCGAAGACCAAGGAGCUGUUUACUCCGUGGAUCACGGGUGCGGUACUGUUGAUACUCCUCUUCCAGGGCUCGACCGCGUUCACGGAGAGCAUUACGGCGAAGAAGUACCCUGAGUACGCCGCGUAUCAGCAGUGCACGAGUCGGUUAAUGCCAUUCCCGCGUCGUCGCAGUUUACCUCCGCCUAAAGAUCAAUAA